CCACCCCUGAGCGUACGCACGUACGCACGCACGGAGACGAGCGGGCGGGGGAGGAGGGAGAGAUCGGAGGCGCCCCGCCCAGUGAGCAAGCUUGCGCGUGCCCCGUGCGACCGCCAAGAUGGUGGUGGGCGCGUUCCCUAUAGCGAAGCUGCUAUACCUGGGCAUCCGGCAGGUCAGCAAGCCGCUUGCCAACCGCAUUAAGGAGGCCGCCCGCCGAAGCGAGUUCUUCAAGACCUAUAUCUGCCUCCCGCCGGCUCAGCUGUACCACUGGGUGGAGAUGCGGACCAAGAUGCGCAUCAUGGGCUUCCGGGGCACAGUCAUCAAGCCCCUGAACGAGGAGGCUGCCGCCGAGCUGGGUGCUGAGCUGCUGGGCGAGGCCACCAUCUUCAUCGUGGGCGGUGGCUGCUUGGUUCUGGAGUACUCGCGCCACCAGGCGCACCAGCGUCACAAGGAGGAGGAGCAGCGCGCCGCCUGGGACUCCAUGCAGGACGAGGUGGGCCGCCUGGCGCUGGCGCUGGAGACCCUGCAGGCGCAGGUGCAGGCGACGUCGCAGCAGAGCGCCCUGGAGGAGCUGCAGGCGCAGAUGCGAGAGGUGCGCGCCCAGCUCUGCAUCCCGGAGCCAUCGUCGGUGUCCCAGGCCACAUCCACGUCCAAGGCAGUGUCCGCGUCCCAGGCACAGGAGCCUGCAGAAGUCUGAACUUGGCCGUGGUUGUGUGUGCUCUGAUGUGGCCUUCUCCCCAUACUCCCCGCUGCCUGUGCUGGCCCAGCGGAAAUCACCCGGAUCUUGAUGGACUUGGAUUCAGUCGGCCCCUACCGACCAGUGGUACCUUCCACUGGGGCCAGCCCCCAGCCAGUGAAGGUGCCAGCGUAGCACCCUCCAGCUCUAACUCAUAGGUACAGACCACGUGCCCAUCGCUGCCCCCUCAACCACACUGACCUGUGAGGUCCUAGCCAGAAGGACAACAGGCUCACUCUUCUGGCAGAAGAGAAAAGGGACCCAGACUUGAGCUGAACCAAGCUGUUACCCCACCCUCACCCCCAUUUCUGUGAUAAAUGUUACCCUUCCCUGGGCGCUCAUCGUGUUCACUGGAGCACCCCCUUCCCUUUGUCAAUAGGCACAGACCAUUGUAAAGAAAUGCGGUGUCAUUCAGUGAACUUCUGUCCCCCUCAUCUAAGAUUGGCUCUAGCUGGUUUCCCCACUCUUUGAGGGGAAUAAAGAAGGGAUCCUGCCUUGCAGUGGAUCCACUGAAUGUUAUAUCUUCCCCCUUAACCUGAUCUGUGGCACCCUACCGAGACCCCCAGAUGACUAUUCCAGCAGAUUCCCCACCCCCCAGUCCUGCAGUCUGGCACAACCCACUGGAAUGUCUGUGCAGCGCCUCUCCGGCACUGCCCUCCCAACACCACUUCCAUGGGUGGAAAAAUUGAACCUGCUCAGGCUGAUCCAACCUGCCUUUCCGCCUGGCCCCCUGUCCUCCCUCCUCCAAGUCCCUGAACCUUUCCUGACAUGUUGUUUCCUACCUUCCUCACUGUCUCCUUCAGUGGCCUCUCUCAGCGCACUGCCAGCCACGGAUUAGAUGAUCACAUUCCUCAUGUUCCAUCCAAAUCUCUUGACCUGUGUGCCCUCGCCCUCCCCCACUGAAGCUCUGGACUGGUCCCACAGCCGCCUUCGUCCAGCGGUGCCCCCCUGCCUCCAGAGCCCUCAGCCCCAUCUCCCUCCCAUUGGGCCAGGCCACCAGUUGGUCCUAACCUUUAUUAGAUUCCCAGGGUGACCAUAACAUGACCACAAAUGUGAUGGCUUACAGCCACAGAAAUGUGUUCUCUCACAGUUCCGGAGGCUGGAGAUCUGGAAUCAGAGUGUCAGCAGGGCAGCCCUCCAUCUGAGGGGCAUUGGUGGGAAGAUCCUUCCUUGCCUCUUUUAACUUCAGUGACUGCACAUCUCCAGUCUCUGCCUCUGUCUCCAUGUGGCCUCUUGUGUCUCCUGGAAAGGCACCUGUCAUUGGAUUUAGGGCCCACCCUAAAUCUAGGAUGAUGUCACUUCGGGAUCCUUAUUUACAGAGUUGGGGUUUUGUUGUUUUGUUUUCCCAGCUAUGCUUACAGUCACAGGUUCCAUGAGUUAUCGUGUGGGAGCCACUGUUCAACCCACUAUACCUCUGCACCCCAAGAGUAUGCUGGGACUCUUGCCCAUCCCACGGGAUGUGUGGCCUUUCCCUCAGGGGUGAUAGGAACCAGGAACCAGCCUUUGCUGCUGGGUCUCUUCCAGGAAUCUCACUGAUGCAGGAGGGCUGUGGCUCCCAGCAGUCUGCAUUCUGUUCUGCAAACUGUCAAUGCUCUAUUGCCUGAGUAAAAGCCCGAGAGUGAGGAAGUCAUCUUAAGGAUGUCUGAGGACAUAAGGAUCCUCAAAAUUGGUACAAGCCUCGUUAAAAUUAGAGAAGCUGAUGUGCACUAAAUUAGGGCAGUCAUCUUAUGAACUCUUUCCCAGAUUGGGAAAUAAGCCGAGGGGAAGCAAAGGGACAUGCCCAAGGCCACGAAGCCAAUGAGGGACUGGCUGUCCAUGGUAAUAAGAGAAGUAAUAAGUACAUAAGAAGAAUGGGGGCGAGGGCUCAAGGAAGGAGAUGGGGAAGGGGUGCAGGGUGCUGGAAAGCGCCAGUGCUAGCCGAGGAAGGGGAGCAGGGAGGCAGUUACUGGGGAGGAAGAGUGGUUAGGGACCUACACAGAAGCCCAAGGCAUUUCCCAGAGACAGUGUUGAGAGUGGGGCACCUUCAAUUUCCAGUCCAAGCAGUCCCAGACCACACCCGAAAUCUUAGCAUUUAAUGAGCAGAGUUAGAUCCAAGAUCCACCUUACCUGGCCAGGUUCCAAAAAACUGUAGGUGAAGUGGGAGAAACAGGCUUGCUCACCACUCUUUCCUUCUUCACCUCACCUCCAGGGGUUGGGGUGGGGGUUGGCGGGGUGAUCUGGACACCACACCUCCCUAGACAGAAAACCAAGACACUGGGGUCCUGAAAGAUCAUUGUAAUUCCUUCUAGAAGGGGAGGAGAAGCUGACCGUAGAGGGAGCUGAGGAGGUGGGUCCUGGGUGGAGGUGUCUUUAAAGUCAGAAGUGACCUUACUGGAUAAAUGAGAAGAUGGCCAGAGAUAUCAGUGUGGAUAGAGCCAGCUGAGCAGGCUUAGUACCCAGUUUCCAUGGCUACUCCUGGAGGCCCCCUGUGGCACUGAUCCGUCUCUGGAGCACAGGUUGCUGGACGUCAGCGACUGAUGUAUCCUCCCCUCCACCCAUCAUGUCAAUACAUAGUGGCCAUUAACAGUAUUUUCUCCAUUUCAUUCAUGAGAAAAUCAAGGCACAGAAAGGGGAGAGUCACCCACCCAAGGACACACAGGCAGGAAAGAAGCAGGAGUUGGACCAGAAGAUGGACAGUGCACCAGAGCCCGAGGUCCUAACCCUUGCACCAUCUUGACCCUGAUGUGGCAUCAUUCUCACAUCCCUGAGACUCAGAACUCAGCCCUGCGUGGCCUUCCAUGAGGCAAGAUCUUGUGGGAUGCAUGGGCUUCACCCACUGGGUGGGAUCAGGGUGUGUGGAAAUGCAAAGAAUCCCCUCUCAAAAUGCACAAGGCUGAGACCAAAGGAUGGUUCAUCACUCUGGUUUCCUGCUAAAGUUUUGUAUACAUUCUCGACUUGGGGAAGGGGGUAGAAUAAAUUUAUAAAUGAGGUUGGUUGUCUUCAA